AGUGCGGCACUGCUGGUGUGUGAUAUGCUAUGUGGGUUCGCUGGUUCGGCCAGCAUCUGGUGGGACUGGUUGGGAUGGAUAAACUAGGAUUUGGGUAGACUUGGUGCAGCGGGAACCGGAGGGGCUAGAGAUUGGAUGGACUUGGUGGACAGGGGCGGGGAGAUUCUACUGCUAGUCACUGUGAGCCCAGCUGUGAGGACGGUGUUGCCGGAGUGAUGAGGAUGCUCACUGCUGAAAGGACAGCGGCCCACACGGGACACGCUUACACACGUGUAGCUGUACUUAUCUCCACACCAGUACAUGCACGCGGGCACGUUACCUCACACACGUGCAAAAUGCACACACUGGCGCCCACCCACACAUAUACACAUGCAUGCACACGCACACGCCUGCACGCCUGCACGCCUAUUCGGUGAGGUCCCAUACAUGUGGCCCGCUCAUUAUUUGCAGGCAUCGAUCACCGCUGCCGGUUCCCUUGACUACCGCGGCGUGUUAUACAUGUCGAAGGAAAUGCCACACGUCCGCGUCGCCGAUCGUCCAGCCGAUGACCUCUCCCUGCCCGGGGAGAACCGAGGCUGCAGCGGCGUGUGGUCGCCAUGGUGACAUGCCAGCAUUGAGGCGGGUUGGGAGGGGCAGGGUGCCGCCAUGGCCCCCUGCUUCUUGCGCCUGUGUGCGUUAAUCCCAGCAGGCUUCAGGGAGUAGGAGGUGCAGUCAGCGUGUGUUUAAAUCCCAUUUGAGUAUCUUGUUUGUGUUCUUAUGCUCUUUGGGUUUGGAUGUAUGUGUGGUGUCCUGGCAGAGGAUUUACAGUAACGUUUCAAAAAAUAUACUAUAUGUACAAAGAUACUCUGUUUUCUUCCCAUGUUCAUGUUGUAGAUCCCAGAAUUUUUGGGUCCAAUCCCAGGGUUUGUGGACCUGAUCUCAAGAUUUGUGGGUCCAAUCCCAGGGUUUUUGGGUCUGAUCUCAGGGUUUUUGGGUCCAAUCCCAGGGUUUGUGGGCCUGAUCUCAGAAUUUGCGGGUCUAAUCUCAGGAUUUCUGGGCCUCAUCGCAGCUGCAGGUCUCUCCUUGUUUCCUGGCAUGUUUCCAGUCAUGAAUAGCUUUCCAUGAGUUUGUUGGGUCAGAGACCGUUUCGGACUACAGCAGGAAGGUGCCUCACCCAAAGCCCAGCCAAAGGUCCCAGUGUGAAGAUGACCUGAACGACAGUGGGGUAUGGAAAGUAGGUCAUGAAACCCCCCACUGGUCCCCAGGCAGGAAAACACUUUGGCAGCCUUUGGGAAGGAAACAGUGGUGCUGAGAGUGGCUGGAGAGCUGGGAGGAAGCAUCCACAUGUUUGUCCUGGAGCUGGUGACAGACAGACCCCUCCUACCAGUGCCUGUCGCUCUGUCUCCCUCACUCUCUCCUCCUCUACCCAUAUGCCACCUUCUCCCUCAGUAUCUCCUUCUUAUCUCCUCCUUUCUUAAUCUCCUACAUCUAUAUUUUUCUUUAUUUCUCCAUCUCCAUCAUUCUGCUCUGUAUCUUCUUCCCCAGCUCCUUCCCACUUAGCGCCUCAUUUGCCUCUCCCUCAUAUUUGUGGACAUGAAGGGACUGGAUCAUUUCUGGGGUGAGAGAGCUAAACUGGGACUGUCUGGAGCAGAAGCAGCCACCACUAACUUGGACGCGGAGAGCAAGCGAGCGGCCCACUUCCGAUCGUCAUGGCAACAGCAUGUGAAUGUGUUCGGCUCGUGGAGUAGGCCGGAGUGCGUGCAGCAGCUGCGUCAGGAGGCAGAGCUCAAUCUCCAGAGCCUGCUCCAAGACUUUGAGGAGCACCUCUACGAGCCUAAAGUGACCGGCCAGACGUUCCGACACCCCUCCUCACUGAGCUCGGAGGACACCUCCCUGAGUGACCCCCCCGGGCUGAUUAGCCAGAAACCAGAGUUCAUCUUCCUACCGGCUUCCAGUGAGGUGUGUGAGGGGGGGGCCACGCCCAUAGGCUUUUGGGGUCAAGAGCACACCAUCGCUGCUGAGAAACCACCCUGGCCCCCUAGUGGUCAGACCCAAGAACAGCAGUGGCCAACGGACACCACAGGUGAUGAGGCACUUCUACAUGUUGACCUGAUUCAGGGAAUCUGCAGUUCUGAGUCUGACACUAGGUUGCUAACGUCAUCUCCCGAAACCCAGAGCCCCCAUCUGUUCCUGAGGAAGACCUACAGUGACCUGGAGCAGAACUUGCUGCACUCCCCUGGGAGCCCAUCAGGUGCAAUGGAGCACGCCGGCCUGAUGUGUGGCAGCCCAUCCUGGAACGGGCCCAAGGGCUCCACCUUCUCACCAUCUUGGAACAACUCCAUGGAUUAUAUGAUGGCUCAUGGUCCAGCUACGAAACCACCAACUAACCAACAGCAAGCUGACCUGCUGCUGGACCCCUCCCAGAGUGGGUCAGGCCUCUCCUACAGCUCAGGCUCACACUCCAGCUCCUUUACCUCCAACUCUGUGGAGCCAUCAGCCAGAGCUCUGGCUACUACCAGCAUUACAACAGGCAAACGGGCUGAGACUGAGGGUGCCGCAGCAAGUCCCAGGGAUCGGGAAAAGAGACCGAUACGGCCCGGGGCCCUCAGGUUCCGUGAACGGUCCCUGUCAACCCCAACGGACUCUGAGUCAUUCUGCUCGGCCGACAAUGUGUCUUGCAUGGAUACCCAACGCUUAGGAGUUGAGAGCUAUGCCUUGAUGUACCCUAGUGGGAGUUCUGAGGAUGGUGCAAGCGCUGACAAUGAGUCUCUGGCGGUGACUGAUUUCCACCCUGAUGGGAGACUGAGGAUAAGGUCCCGAAGCAUCUCCCUGAAGAAGUCGAAGAAGAAGCCCCCACCCCCGGUGCGCAGCGUGUCUCUGGUGAAGAACCUUAGGGGGGCAGGUGCUGAGGGCCCUCAAAGAGAGAGCAGGCCCAGAAGCCUCUACCUUCCCAGAGAGCACUUGCAUGACUCUUAUUUAUCAGACUAUGUGCUCGGGGGAGAUGGCAGAUCUCUGAAAGAGGAGCCUGACAUACCAUUGUCCAUCAGAGAGACGAUGGAGGGGAGUCAGGCACCAGACCAGGAAGUGGAGCUGUCUUUCCCUGACCAUUGGCAGUUGAAUGAAUGGCACUCCAGUGACCCCUACAGGUCACUGUCUGGUUCUAGCACAGCAACAGGCACCACAGUGAUAGAGUGCCUGAAAGCACGAGGAAGCUCAGAGUCCCUUGACUCCCCUGGUACCUCUCGUGCCACCUCACCCUCUCAGUUCUCUGUUGAAGCAGAGGCAAAAAUCUCCCCCUUCAAGCCCCAUGGGCUAAUGUCCCCCUCCAGUGGCUACUCAAGCCAGUCAGAGACCCCAACACCAACAAUUCCCAGUGCUCAAGUGACUGGACCAUCCCCAUUGGCUUGCAAGAUGCGGCCAAAGAUACCAGAGAGGAAAUCCUCGCUACCUGCCACAUCCCCCAUGGAGAGACCUGCCAGGUCACGCCUUUCCUUUGAGCUGCCUGUGGCAUCUGCCUCAGAAUUGCCCUCUAUCAAGCCCAAGCCCAAGGCUAGCCGACGACACUCUGAUACAUCUCCUACCAGCCAGUCAGGGCAGCCAGUGGUAACCCAGACUGAUCUGAGAAACGUGCGUCUUCGUUCUGUUGGCCGCUCGGAGAUUGAGGAUAAUCUGGACUGUCCUGUGGACAUCAUCGAGGAGGAAAUGAGGGAUGAUGACAGCCCCCCUGUCACACUCCGUGAAAAACCUAAACCCCCAGUAGCGGUGAAGCCCCCCCUUCCCAAACGACCCCUCAACCUGAUGUUGGAGUCUCCUUCCUCCUCUCUACAGGGUCCAGAGUCUCCACCAAUCUCGCCCAAAGAAUGGCGAAUGCCUGUAGGGAACAUCUACAUGGUGGUGAAAAAACCCAAAAAGAAACCUCUGCAGGCUGCACCCAUUGCCACUCAAGAGAUCCCUCAACAUCAGGAAGUGCUGGACAUUCAGCAAGGGGCCAGCCACAUUGAGCUUCCCUCCCCCUCCAGCCCAAAGAGGGAGCAUCAAACCAGGACAUUGACCAGCAGCGUCACUGUCUCCUGUUUGGCAGAGCUGGACAGAAAGCGGACCAAGGUACCCCCUCCGGUCCCAAAGAAACCCAGUGUCCUCCUGCUGCCCUCUGGAGUUGUCCACUCCAAUGGGGCAGAUGACAGUGGCCCCCCAUCCCCUGGUGGGGAGCCUGUGUCUGAAGAAGUUCCAGAUGUAGAGGAAAGCCAGGCCCAGACAAAACAAAGUGAACCUCAAGACAGUGAUGUCACAGCAUUUCGUACUGGGACACUGACAGGGAUCCCUGCAGAUGGGAGUUCUGAGGAGUGCGGCUCUCUUGCAGAGAUGGAAACCCUGCACAUCUCUGAGGAGCCGACAGAGGGCGUGUUUGGCCUCACACCAAUGCCCCAUUCGACAGAAGAUCUGUUCACUAUCAUCCACAGGUCCAAACGAAAAGUUCUGGGGCGCAGGGAACCGUCGGCUACCUUUGCCAGUCGGCCAAGCCUGGUGUCUCCAGUGCGGACUGACCCACGGUCCCAUACGCUGGGGGCCACACCCCGAUCCAGUUCACGGAACCAGAACUUCAUGGCUCUAUUGCAGAAGAAGAACAACAAACCUAGCACUGGCAGCAGAGUGUCGGCCAUGGAGCUUCUGAAGAGCACUAACCCGCUCGCCCGCCGGGUUACCGAAUUCAACCAGUCUGAGCUGGACCCAACCGAUGGCCCCAGAACACCCCAGGGACAGUGAACCCCUGGCCAGUUUGGAAAGAGGCAGGGAGUCCUGUUCUGACAUGUCGCAUUUAUAUGACUUUUAUUUGCAGAGAUCUCCAACCAGCGAGACGCCACUCUCAAUGUUCUGUGGAUUCCGAUUCGGAAAAAGUCACAAUUAUGUUUUAUUUGCUGUUCAAGUCACAGUCCAGUAGUCCCCUGGGCCACACUGGAAGAACAUUAGCGUAAUUGUUCUGGGAGUAAGAGUGUGGAGCAUAAAAAAAUCUAACUGGAAAAGUAACAUCAGUGGAACGGUUUUGUAAGGCAUGGAAUACUACAGCUGAUCUGGAAGAGCAACAUCAGGAACUUGGGUGGACACAGAUAUGAGUAAGAAAGUGAAAAGAGAUUCAUAUAUCUCUCUGGAGUGUGGUCUAGCUGGACCAAAAUGGAUAAUUGCCUCCUGAGAACAAAACAUAAGGUCUUCAAAUGAAAGCAAAAAGGUAAACAAUCCAAAACAUUCCACAAAGACUUGCAAGAAGGACAUGGUAGCCCUCAUGUUCUAGGGAAAAAAGCACUUUCAUUAACUUAAGACAUGAGUCUACAGCCAUUUUCCCCCCAAAUUUUGAACUUGUAUAUAGCUAUAUAUAAAUAUAUAAACUUAACUGCAGAGCUGUUUGAUGGUUUUAACAAGCGAAUGUAAAUGUACAAAUGCCUUGGGAUGAAGGACAUGGAAGACAGCCACCACACAUGACCUCUGAAGGUUGCCACAGAGCCCUACUCUGCCUGGAUACACAUGCUAUGCGCAGGACCCAGGAAUGGCCUGCAGGGGUUUGGCCGUGCUCUCUGGAGGUGGACUGGGGCUAGAUGGAGAGGAAGUCGGGUGAUCUUGGAAAGAUGCAAGGGAAGACACCUCCAGUGCAGACACAAGGCCGCUACCGUCCAGUGUCACUGUGCAAUCAGGUGUUUCUUCUCACUCAGGAAACGCUUUUGGCAUGUGUGAGCGUACACGCAUGCCAGUGGACACACAUACCCAUCAAACCACCUGGCAACAGCGAGGAUGACAUUUGUCCUCAGGGUGGCUAGAUGGCUUUGGCUGUUAUCCUCUGCAUGGUGUGUGGUGGCAGUACGGGACGCUGCAAAAGGAUACUCUGCCUGUGCCUGUAGUGUCAAGCUACAGCCUUGCCUGAGGUUCAGCGAAUCUUCUUGCUAUCUCUACAGUCAAGGUUAGAGAAAGUCACAAAAAGGAAGAUGCAUGCCUCAGAGCAAGGGUUUUCCAACCAGAUGUCCACUGCCCUCUGGUGGUCGGUGAAGCAGUUGAUGGUGGUCCACAGGGAUGUUGACAAAAUGCUGGUACUGUCAUCCAGUUUAGAUGAUGGAUGCGGUGUUUGUUGCUUAUGUGAUCAUGCAUUAGUUGGAGAAAGGUUGAUACGCUCUGCACUCCAGCAUUCACGGUAGACGGUUGGUUCCCUUGAGCCGGGUUACUGAACACGGCCUGAGUGACUGAGUCGGGGUUGUUUAAGGUGGGGCAGGGUGAGGUAGGGCAAAUGCAGGGGAACAAUAAAUGCAGAGAUUCCAGCGGCAGAAGAAACACAAAGCAACUGAGCAAACGAAGGAGCGUUUGGAGAACUAAAGAUGUCGCCCAAAAGCAUCACGGUGAAAUGAACUGGGACAGUUCUCUCAGUAGGCCGGGAUAUGGGUGCAGCAUUCCGGGGAAGCUCUGCUACCGAUCCGAAGUGUGUUUAUAGGCAUGCCGAGACAGCCGACAUCACUGGCCACGGCCGGACAUUCUGUCUGUGGUGCUGGGACCCUGUGCACAUUGGUUUUCUGCUGUUCUUUCCAUAUAUCGAUAUUUCAGGUAAUCCAACGACUUAUAGAUACAAAAAAAAACAAAGUAAAUGUGUGACGCUUGUUUUAAAUAUUUAGUGAAUGAAACAGAAAAAAGAAAAGCCAGUGUUUGUUUGCCUUGUUCUCUGGCGUUCUGCCUCUAUGUUUUUUAAACACCUAGGUAUUGCACUUCCAUUAGGAGUAUCAUCGUUAUGAUAACCACUGUUAUAGUUGUUAUAACCCAUGUGUUUCCUGUACUGCCCUUUUGCCAGUAAAGGCCUCUGCAACUAGUUAACUCAAAGGGUCUCCCUAUUAAUCCUCCCGUGCCAUUGGCUACAUUGACCAAUGUACCCCACUCUCCUGAAAUCUGGGCGUGGGAUUUUAACUCCGAAGGGUUGUCCUUCAGGGUAAAACAAACCCAGACACCCUGUCUCACAUGCUCAAGUGUGUUAAUGGCUGUGCUGGACCACAUAAGUAACAGGUUCUCGAUGGCUUGGAAGGUGGGGCCAGCUGUAAGUCAUGUUCCAUUGGGGUGAAAUUCUCUUCCUCUCCCCCUACUCUCUCCUGGGGCUGCUCAUGGUGGGGGGGGCAACUUUUAAAGCUUUUCCUUACUCUCAGAGGGGAGGUCGAAGAGGGAGAAAAUGGAGACGGUGAGAGGAUGCAAAAUAACAUUGACUGCUAACCAUAGAGUAGAUGACGACGUUCUAGGUUGCUAUAGCUAACAGUGAAGAAAAAACCAGAACAGAGAAGAGCGUGGUGGCAAUAUGAAGUGUUAUUCUGUAUGAAACAGAAAUGAAACUGCAGCUGAACUGAUUUAGUAGAUAGGUAGUAAUCUAACAACUGGUUUAUUACUUUGGCUCGGGGAGUGCACUUCGCCUGACAGAUUGCCAGAAUCGAAAAGCUUUAAAAACACUCCCUCGUGGGACGAGGCAGCAGUCCAUGCGGGUUUAUAAACGAAAACUGGGAAUUAUAUUUUUGUUAUUUUACAUUGUAUGGACAUAUUUAAAGUAUUCAGAGUAUUAACCACAGUCUCCAGCAUUAUGAAAUGUAGCUGUGAGUCUGGUAAACAGUUAAGUCUCGCCAAUGUGAUGAAAUUAUAUCAUUUAAAUAAAUUAUUUUUCUUGCUUAA